CUCCGCCUUUCUUUUCCUCUAUUUUCCAGGAGAGGAAAGCCAGGCCACUCAGCCAUGGCCUGUCCUCCAGCAGCCCCCGUCACGCAGCAGAUCUGCAGCUCACAUGUCUCGCUGCACCCGGAGCCGGAGGAGCUGAGAGAGGCCGCCCAGUGCCUGGUGGUAGAUGCGGACGGGAAAAAGAUCCCCUUCAGGGCCCUGUAUGAGGAGCAGAAAGCGAUCGUGGUGUUUGUGCGGAAUUUUUUAUGUUACACCUGUAAGGAGUAUGUAGAAGACCUGGCAAAAGUCCCCAAGAGAUUUUUAGAAGAUGCAAAUGUCAGGCUUAUAGUUAUUGGACAGUCAUCUCAUCAUCACAUCAAGCCCUUUUGUAGUUUAACUGGGUAUACACAUGAAAUGUAUGUAGAUCCACAAAGGGAAAUUUAUAAAACACUUGGCAUGAAAAGAGGUGAAGGUAACAAGACACCAGGCACACCAGUGCAGAGCCCUCACGUAAAAUCAAACAUGCUCUUAGGAAGUAUUAGGAGUACGUGGAGGGCGAUGACUGGCCCAGCUUUUGAUUUCCAAGGAGAUCCAGCUCAGCAGGGAGGAACUCUGAUUUUAGGCCCAGGUAAUGAAAUUCAUUUUUUGCAUCUUGAUAAACACAGGUUGGAUCAUGCUCCCAUCAACGCAGUUUUGCAGCUGGCAGGAGUUAAAACAGUAAAUUUCACAAAAAAAUCACAGAUCAUUGACAUAUGACACUGAGACAAUAUAUCACUUUUUAUUUGUAAUCUACUAGGACAAUACUCCAGAGAAUUCCCACCAGCAUCGGUAUUGUUGUGUCUUUAUGGGACAUCUGAAACUAUAUCUAGCAUAUCACAGCACUGAAUAAACUACUUUGCAUUGAAGAUGAAUACAAAAA